AUGUCGCUCCAGUCGACGUGGGAAUCCCAUCCUCUUGGGGAUAUGGAUCAUGAAGCCCAGUUCGACUGGCCGUGGAUUUUCCAAGAUCAAGUUGCCGACCCAAACACCGACCCCUUUCUUUUGGGUCUUGUACCUACCGAGAAUGGAGGCGCGUGGAUUGCUAAUGGUCUACCGCUGUUCCUCGAUCAACGCGCUGGCGCAGACACGCAAGUCGCGUCAGUGUGCACUAGGAACAACAAUCUCGAGCCCUCGGACUCGAGCCAACAUGAUUCGUCGCGUCAGCCGACUGGUAGCGCUCUACAUCCAGCUUCGAUUCCUGCGAGCGCGGCUCCGUUGCCGACCGAUGGCGUUGGCCGCAACAGCUAUGUCGCCGAAGAACUGCACGACGGAUCAAGCGAGAAUGCAGAAGACCCAUUGCUCAUCUUCCUGGAUGAAGUCAUGGACGAGCAGACUUCUUUGGAAGUGAGGAAGGUCGUCUUCGGCGUAAUUGUCGAUAAGGUAAUCCCUUACCGCUUCAACGACGGCUCGCGGGCCUUUCCAUCCGUGGACUUCUACGAUACACUUCUCCAUAAUGAACCCAACCCAGACAUCCGCCGGAUUGGCAGAGAUGUUGCCUUUUGGCUAAGCAACAUGUCCGCCGGUAUCGUGGAUCAUUACGUGAAAAUCAUCACCGCAUACAACAACACAUUGAAGGCGACAUCCUCAGAGGAUCCGCAGCAGCCCGAGCCUAUCAAGCCAACAAAGCGCUCUGGCAAAGCUAAGCAGAUCACCGACCACCAAGAUGUGCUUCUCAAGAAUGAACUUCGAACCGCACUCACAUUCGCGUACCGCGGUAUAAUUGACGACACCAACCAGGCGGUGGCGCUGGGGAAAGCUUACGAGCAUCACUUCCGUCAGGAGUCAAAGCCCCGCGAAGAUGACCCGACUUGGCCCACCACCAAAGAGAAACGGAGAGCGUAUGUGAAGCAGAUGUACGAAGCAAUCGUCGAUACCAGCUGCUUCCAAGAAAAGACCGACGCAUUGCGCAAGAAGGUCCAAUUGGUCUCGAAGCAAGACAGCUCGGACGUUGUCGGUAGCACCGCCGGCGAAGCCGUCAACAAGCCGGGCCCGUCCUUGAAGCGCAAGCGUGGACAGGACAACAUCAGAAAGAUUCCCGGUAUAUCUCACACAGACUCCGUCUAUGUUAACCCCGACAGCACACCGGCUGAUCUCCUCCGAGCCGCUGCUCGCUGUGACCUCUCGGAUGUCGAGAACUCUGCCAUGCACUGUCAGGAGGGAUGGGAGCUGAGGCUCCGCUGGACCGGGGACAGCUGCCCUAAAUGGGAGCGAUACGAAAGCUUUGCGGAUCGCUGGGAGAAAAUGUGCUCCAAUAUGCAGAACCACAAGGUCAUGCUGCACUCUGCGCUUCGAGGCGAUUGGACACAUAGACUAGCUGCUGGCCCCGCCGCCGAGCGAAAGCUCAAAAUCAACAACAAGCAACUGAAUGCUACCCGCGAUAUACAAAACCAAGCCGGGCGAGAGAGUAUCAAGCGCAGGAAGCUUGCGGAGAAAGCUCCUGACCACGUUGAAGAAUGA